ACGGGGGAGGGGCGGGGGUCACGUUACGCGCAGGACGCGCGGGCAGCGCCGGGAGAACCGAACCCCGGGCCGCCGCGACCCCGGCCCCGGCCCGACCCGCCAUGACGGGGCUGGAGGACCAGGAGUUCGACUUCGAGUUUCUCUUCGAGUUUAACCAGCGCGACGAGGGCGCUGCCGCGGCCGCCCCAGAACACUAUGGCUAUGCGUCCUCCAAUGUCAGCCCUGCCUUGCCGCUCCCCACAGCACACUCCACCCUGCCGGCCCCAUGCCACAACCUUCAGACCUCCACACCGGGCAUCGUCCCGCCGGCAGAUCACCCCGCGGGGUACGGAGCAGCUUUGGACGGUGGGCCCGCGGGCUACUUCCUCUCCUCCGGCCACGCCAGGCCAGAUGGGGCCCCUGCCCUGGAGAGUCCUCGCAUCGAGAUAACCUCAUGCUUGGGUCUGUACCACAACAACAACCAGUUUUUCCACGAUGUGGAGGUGGAAGACGUCCUCCCCAGCUCCAAACGGUCCCCCUCCACGGCCACGCUGAGUCUGCCCAGCCUGGAGGCCUACAGAGACCCCUCGUGCCUGAGCCCGGCCAGCAGCCUGUCCUCCCGCAGCUGCAACUCAGAGGCCUCCUCCUACGAGUCCAACUACUCGUACCCGUACGCGUCCCCCCAGACGUCGCCAUGGCAGUCUCCCUGCGUUUCUCCCAAGACCACGGACCCUGAGGAGGGCUUUCCCCGCGGGCUGGGGGCCUGCACGCUGCUGGGUUCCCCGCGGCACUCCCCCUCCACCUCGCCCCGUGCCAGCGUCACUGAGGAGAGCUGGCUGGGUGCCCGCUCCUCCAGGCCCGCGUCCCCGUGCAACAAGAGGAAGUACAGCCUCAACGGCCGGCAGCCGCCCUACUCACCCCACCACUCGCCCACGCCGUCCCCGCACGGCUCCCCGCGGGUCAGCGUGACCGACGACUCGUGGUUGGGCAACACCACCCAGUACACCAGCUCGGCCAUCGUGGCCGCCAUCAACGCGCUGACCACUGACAGCAGCCUGGACCUGGGUGACGGCGUCCCUGUCAAGUCCCGCAAGACCACCCUGGAGCAGCCGCCCUCGGUGGCGCUCAAGGUGGAACCCGUCGGGGAGGACCUGGGCAGCCCCCCGCCCCCGGCCGACUUCGCGCCCGAAGACUUCUCCUCUUUCCAGCACAUCAGGAAGGGCGGCUUCUGCGACCAGUACCUGGCGGUGCCCCAGCACCCAUACCAGUGGGCGAAGCCCAAGCCCCUGUCCCCUGCGUCCUACAUGAGCCCAACCCUGCCCGCCCUGGACUGGCAGCUGCCGUCCCACUCAGGCCCAUACGAGCUUCGGAUUGAGGUGCAGCCCAAGUCCCACCACCGAGCCCACUAUGAGACGGAGGGCAGCCGGGGGGCCGUGAAGGCGUCGGCUGGAGGACACCCCAUCGUGCAGCUCCAUGGCUACUUGGAGAGUGAGCCGCUGAUGCUGCAGCUUUUCAUCGGGACGGCAGACGACCGCCUGCUGCGCCCACACGCCUUCUACCAGGUGCACCGUAUCACGGGGAAGACCGUGUCCACCACCAGCCACGAGGCCAUCCUCUCCAACACCAAAGUCCUGGAGAUCCCACUCCUGCCGGAGAACAGCAUGCGAGCCAUCAUUGACUGUGCUGGAAUCCUGAAGCUCAGAAACUCCGACAUUGAACUUCGGAAAGGAGAGACGGACAUUGGGAGGAAGAACACACGGGUACGGCUGGUGUUCCGUGUUCACGUCCCGCAGCCCAGCGGCCGCACGCUGUCCCUGCAGGUGGCCUCCAACCCCAUCGAAUGUUCCCAGCGCUCGGCCCAGGAGCUGCCCCUGGUGGAGAAGCAGAGCACCGACAGCUACCCGGUCAUGGGAGGGAAGAAGAUGGUCCUGUCAGGCCACAACUUCCUGCAGGACUCCAAGGUCAUUUUCGUGGAGAAAGCGCCAGAUGGCCACCACGUCUGGGAGAUGGAAGCGAAAACCGAUCGUGACCUGUGCAAGCCGAAUUCUCUGGUGGUUGAGAUCCCGCCAUUUCGGAAUCAGAGGAUAACCAGCCCUGUUCACGUCAGUUUCUACGUCUGCAACGGGAAGAGAAAGCGAAGCCAGUACCAGCGUUUCACCUACCUUCCCGCCAACGUUCCAAUGAUAAAAACAGAACCCACGGAUGAUUAUGAGCCUGCUCCAAACUGUGGGCCGGUGAGCCAGGGGUUAAGUCCUCUCCCAAGACCAUACUACAGCCAGCAGCUCGCGAUGCCACCUGACCCCAGCUCCUGCCUCGUGGCCGGCUUCCCGCCCUGUCCUCAGAGAAGCACCCUGAUGCCAGCAGCCCCUGGUGCGAGCCCCAAGCUCCACGACCUUUCUCCUGCUGCCUACACCAAGGGCGUCGCCAGCCCGGGCCACUGCCACCUCGGACUCCCGCAGCCGGCCGGAGAGGCCCCCGCCGUCCAGGACGUGCCCAGGCCAGUGGCCACGCACCCCGGCUCGCCCGGGCAGCCGCCCCCGGCCCUGCUGCCACAGCAGGUGAGUGUGCCUCCAAGCAGUAGCUGCCCCCCUGGUCUCGAACACUCACUCUGCCCCAGCAGCCCCUCUCCUCCACUCCCGCCCGCCGCCCAAGAGCUGACCUGCCUGCAGCCCUGCAGCCCAGCGUGCCCGCCCGCCACGGGCCGCCCGCAGCACCCGCCGCCCACGGUCCGCAGGGAUGAGUCUCCGGCCGCCCGGCCACGGCUGCUGCCAGAGGCGUGUGAGGACGGUAGUCCUAAUUUGGCCCCUAUUCCUGUAACGGUCAAGCAAGAGCCUGAAGAGUUGGACCAGUUGUACCUGGAUGACGAAGUCACAGGUGACGGGGAACAUCACCGGUGUGUGGGGGACUCAGGGACACCGCCGUCCAAAGGGAAAUAAAAAUCAGGAAGAGCCUGAGAGGAAGGCUCAGGCAACACUGGUGCCGACUCCAUGGAAGUGCUGGUGUGGACCCGCGGGUCACUGGGUCUGUGGCGAGACAUCCAUGGCAUCUUCGCAGCA